GACCCGGGAGCCGAUGACAUGGCCGGCACGGCCGGCACGGCCGGCACGGCCGGCACGGCCGACAUGGCCGAGCCGGAGAACGUCGAGAAUGUCGAGCAUGGGGAGCUCGGAGACCUCCGGCCACAAGGUACAUUGGAGUUUCCGGACCGGCGCGAGGAGCGGAAUCGACGAGGCAUGAUCAAGUUCAGGCUUGAGAAUGGAGUCCCUGAUGUUGGUGGCCUCGGAUGGCGAUCCCGAGCAGGCCACCUACUGAAAAAUCAGACCUUCUACGCAUCCCGCCCAGGUGAGAAUCAGUGGAACAAUCCAACGCACGCAGGGCCGAGGACAUGGAGGAACUAUCACGGGCCGAAGCUGCGCACGGACGCAGACCUCAUGGAGCGCAUGGACCGAAUCGAGGCCCAGCAUGCCACGUGGGAGGCCAAGAAGGCCUUCGUGAACACGGUUCGCGUGCAGACCUUGGACCGCUUCUACGGCAGAAAGGUCGAAAAUGAGCAGAAGGAAAUGGCAUCCACAUGGGCUCCGCACCGACGGGCCAGGGGCGAGUAUCAUAAGUAUCACGAGACCAUGUCCUCAAACUUGGACAACAUGCCAAUGAAAGAAUUGAAGAAGGUUCUUACGCCAACGGUGCUGCAUGGAGACAGAGAAGCCAUCCGUUCCAUUUCGAAACGUGUCCAAAUUGAAGAAACUUGGAAGGUGGCCUGGAAGCAUAUGGAACUGGCACGGAGAGCAGAAACACAAGCUGAUUUUGAGCAUCGGAUGACCUACAAUGCCAUGCUCAUGGAGCUUGCAGGGCAGGCUCCGAGGCCUCACAAUCCACAGCGUGCAGCGAGCACCUGCUCCCCAGUGGUCAAUAAUCUGGCGCAGCCUGUGCAGCCCAUGGUGUCUGACAUCACGAAGCGUACCGACUACCGCGGGCUUGUGCAUGUCGAUCACCCGGUCGCCUUGGAAGCUCGUUUUCCUGGUUCGGGCCACAGCCUCGCAGUCACCUUUGCGAACGAUGCAUCUGAGAGAACCAAGCCGGCCUUUCCAGCCCCGGAGCCUCCACAAACACCAGUGCCGCAGAAGAUGGCAUCCACUGCAGCGAGCAUACGCAAAGGAUCCCAAUGUGCUGGCAGAGCAUUCGAAACACCAGUUCCUGCCAACUUCUGCACCUCCUGCGCCUUGCUCUCGGGCAGGUCCGGCUAUGAUCUUCUCUCCACCACUGAGACUAGCCUUUCCAGAGACCUCGCAGACGGAGGGUACGGGAAUGGGUAUGGGGCGCUGCGGUCGGCGCGGUCAGCGCGGUCGGCGCGGUCGGCGCGGUCGGCUGUUGACUGCCUGCAGAUGAGCCUGGAGUUUCCUCCCCGCUCUGAUCACAGCCAGAGUGGAAGCCUACAUUCCAAGGACUCCAUAUCCAAGCUUGACGUGGCGCCACCUUCCUGCCCUAUGGCAUACCCCGUGACAGUUGCAAAUGUCGAAGACGACAUGCAAGAUCCGGACUGGCGUCCGAAGAGAUCGCAUGGCGCGCUCGCUUCUGUCACCCCAAGGGAGCAAGCGUUGCAAAGUUCUCGGAUGGAGCGCUGGCCCCCAGUUGGAAGUCAGACAGUUAUGGUGACCAUCAUCGGGGCAGAAGGACUGCCAAGGGCUGAUCGUGGUGGCCAUUCCGAUCCCUACGUGCUUGUCCAGGUUCCCGGCAGAAGUCGAUCGAAGGCAAAGACGACAGCCAUGCCCUGA